AUGCCUGCCACGAAGCGCACUGGAUCAAAGCCUUCGUUCAAUAAUGUUUUCAUUAGGAAGUCCGUGACCCCGGAGCGAUCAAAGGACAAGGAACUUAGAAGAAGGGCGUUUGAGCUAAACGGUGAUAAGUAUAAUGGUGACAAAGUGUAUGUUGUUUACAAAGGGCAAAUAUCAGCUCUUUUAGAGAAAAGACGCCUCUGGCUAGUGUACCGUCCACCUUGUUCGCCGAUCACGCGGGACGAUCGACUCCUAUCGAUUUUUUUUGAACUUGUAACAACCACCCCCAUGGAGGUCACAGUGGUGGGCGACUUCAAUUUGUCCAUGGAUUGGGAUCAGCAAAACCAGGUUACCUUACUGCUGUUAGAUCUCGAUCUUUUUGUAACCUUGGGGAUUCAGCAAUACGUCCACCUGCCAGCAGGACAAGACAACAAUAUGGACUUCGUCCUAUCCUCUAGAGGAAGCGUAUCCGAUGUGUGCAUUCUGCCCCUUAGGGAUUUUCUCGCUUGCAAUAAAAUGGCUAUUUAUCCAAGGCUAGUCUACAUCAACUGGCUUGCCCUUUUCAACGAAUGCGCUGAUGUCAAUGAUGUUUACACUGCUUUUGCUCCGUGUUCAAAACAAUUAUAUGUAGAUCAGUUUGUGCCUCACAAGUGUAAAGAAUCUAGGCAUGCCGACAUAUCCACCCCACGCAUCAAAUCGAAUGGAACAAAAACCUGGUUGUUCUCUUUGUACAACGAUCCUUUGAAUACACCAGCUUAUUUGGACACAUGUAAAAAGUUAGUUGAGUAUAUAAAGCUUAUUCAUCUAACAAUAUAA